AUGGCCUCAGCAGCAGCGCCUCUAGCGGUGCCCAAGGAGGAGGAGCCUUCUGGCGCCGAACCCAGCGCAAGUGAAGCUCCCGCAGACUUGCUGUACGACAAAUGCGCGCAGAAGUCGCAGGGAACAGUCUUCUUCCAACGCGAUCUCUCCAACAUGCAGGUCGCGGAGACUAUGGCGGAGUUGACUAUGCUCCUGCAAGAGCUGUGCGACCGUCAUCUUAUGAAGCUGAUGACAUUCGACGGUGAACCGUGUUGGAAGCUGCGAUCCAGAUCAGAGGCAGAAAAGCUGCGACGAUUGACGCCCGAUGAACGCCUCCUCUACCACCACAUCGAUCAGGUCCAGGCUGAAGGCAUCUGGUCGAAAGCCUUACGCGCGCGAACGAACGUCACACAACAAGUCCUGACAAAAUGCCUGAAAAGUUUGGAGUCCAAGGACCUGGUGCAGUCUGUUAUGAGCGUCAAAUUUCCGAAUCGAAAAAUGUAUCUGUUGAAGCAUCUACGACCAUCGGAGGAUAUUGCGGGUGGACCAUGGCAGUCUGAAGGCGACUUUGACACAGCCCUCAUCGAAACUAUUUCAGGAGUCAUCGCGCAACACGUGGAGAACGAGACAUGCAUCAAGGUGCCUGCGAACUGGAACGACUACGGGCAACACGACAGGACAGCUGAGAUUGCGGAGAAGAAAGCGCAGGUGCAGGGUGUCCGAGAUAUCGAAGACGCACCGGCUGUAAAACCAUACAAGCCACCGAGAGACCCAAACUCUUCCACGAUAGUACACAAGAACAACCCGCAAUACCCGACUGCAGCAUCCGAAGCCGAGUGGCUCAAUGCAAGGGAGAUUCUGCGGGGCAAGAUAGUCCGAGAAGACGACAUGGAGCAGUUGUUGGAGAUGAUGGUACUUGACGGGCGGCUGGAGAAGAUAUCAGGCACAAGCUACCGGACAGUCUUGACUACGAGCGAAACUAAAGUUUUCAACGGCUUUGUCGACGCGCCUUGUGGCAAUUGCCCCGUCUUCGAUCUCUGCGGCGACGAGGGGGAGAUUUCGGCGAGGACGUGUGUGUACUUUGGGCAGUGGUUGGAGACGCAGUCGGAGGAGGUCUGA